UAUAUCGCUCUCUCUCUCUCUCGUGAGCUCCCAUCUCCUUUCCAGUUCUUCCUCUCGGUUUAGGCCAUCACACUUCUUCAUAGGUCCUUAACGUGGAGCAGACUCCUCCGUUGAUUCCUCGCCCCCGCUCCAAAUCCGGUCACCCACAUUGCCGUUCCUGCUCCGGCGAGACGGUCGCGCUCUUCUCAAUCUUACUCUCUCUGUUCCCUUCGAAAUCCACAGGGGAAUUGCUGGUCCUGUCAGGGCUGGCUUAGUCAAUUCAACCACGGCUCUAAGCAUUAGAGAGACCGACACUAAGAUCAUAAGAAGGGGAACUGGAUGGUUACGGACUUUCAUUAAAUUCUUGAUCUCAUCCCCUUCGUUUCACGGUGGUCGUGGAGCCCUACCUUCUGCUGGAGGGCAUCCUGCAGAUCUUACCUUCCUCGCCGGUGGUGGUUUCUGAUUGGGCCCAUGUUACAAUUUAUAUUAAUUCCGCGGCUGCUAGUGAAGCAUUAUAAAUCAGGGUUCCUUGUGACAAAUAUUAGUUUUAGUUCGGUCAAGUGCUGCCCAGGCUCUUAAUCAUGGUUUCAAUUGGCCAACCUGGAGAUGAUAACUUACUAUUGGAAAAUGCAAGUUCUGAACUGUCAUUGAGUUGUCCUAUAUCUUUACGAGGUAUUGAAGUGCCCAUUUACUGCUUUGGAAGCAAAUUGGUCACACCUGAUUCUCCAUUUGAUCGACCUUCUUGUGCUUAUCAUGAGGAAGAAAGUAUCUUGGAUUCCCUACUCCUUGCUCAGGUGCAGAAGAAUAUUAUAUCAUUUCAUUUACUGUGAUAAAACUAGCCACAGUUUCUGCUCAUUGAUAUUAUUUUGCAGUGGGAAGAUCGUAUGUGGAAAGGUUGUUUCAAAUAUGACGUCACAACAUCUGAAAUUAGGUUUUUAUAUGAAGGUGAUUGGUGACAGUCUGAAGUUUAUAGCUCAGUUAAACCAGAGCUGGAGUAAGACUCAUACUCCCACACUAGAGAGCAAGAUCGGCUUUUGCAGAAAACCCUCCAUUGCAGACUCAGUUGAACUUUAUGAGGAAUUACUCUUUUGCAUGGCUACUCAUGGGAAGGCAAAGUCCAAACUUAUUCCAUCAGCAUUUGUGCCCAAUGAUUCUGUGCUGGUCAUUUUGAAUGAGACCCCGAUAGACUAUGGCCAUGUCUUCCUCGUUCCUUUCAGAUGGAACAGUCAUGUCAAGCAUCUCGAUGCAACAUUCUUGGCGAUGCUUGUGAAAAUGGCUGUCGAGAUUAAUAAUCACUCUUUUCAUUUGUUACAUGGCUCCUCUAGCUCUAUUUCUUCUCAGCUUUAUUUUGAGGCCUGCUAUUUUUCGAACCCUCUGGCUGUGGAGCUCAUGCCUCUCGAGACUUUCUUCACCGAUGAACAAACUGGCAUUCGAAUUUGUGCUGUUUUAGAUUACCCAAUCAAGACUCUCCUCUUUGAGAGCAACCACAACUUCAAGGCCUUGGUCGAUAUCGUGUCCCGAAUAAGUUCUCAGUUGCUGGAGUUGAACAUCACAUACAACAUACUUGUUUCUGAUCGCGGGAGAAAAAUCUACAUGUUGCUUCAGGCCAAUUUCUGCAGCCUUUCUGCUUGGGAAUGCGGUGGCUACUUCCUGUUCAAUUCUCAGCACGAGUUCGAUAAAGCCACUGAGGAUUCCAUAUUUGAUCUUCUGUGCGGGGCCUCACUUGACACUGAAGGCUUUGAGAUGGUGCAGCAGCUGUGCUGUAACAUCGUAGCUUCAUUCUCCAUUUGAACUUCUGCAAUGGCCAACCAUAAUCUUCGCGUGGAAGAAAAGUUGCUGCUGUUGGAAAACUUUCGAAUGAUUGAAUUACUUGUUGAGUGCCGAUUUGUUCUCGUUUUAAUUAGAAGAACCAUGGUGACAUCAACUGUUGGUUGUCACUCUUUCUUUCCUUUUUUCCCUUUUGUGACUAUUAUGGGUCGGAUUUCGGUCUCUUGGCAGUUUUAUAUCGUUCCUAUAAUUCUGAGCUUUUCUUAUUUGUCCUUGCAA